AUGCCCGACGUCGAGAUGGCUAGAAGAAACGGCGAGAGGAAAGACGAGGUUCCGGAGUUCACUGAGUACCGACCGUUGAACUGGAAAAAGAUCUUUUUGACACCGAAAUACAUCCCAUUUCAUCUCCUCGGUAUCGGCAUUCUUGUUGCUACGAUUUUCAUCAGUCUGCACCAUGACGAGGUCGUGGAGAAACUGAGACCAUUCUCCGAAAAGGUUCGAGAGAUUCCCGGCGGAUUCCUCAUCCCGAUUGCGAUUUUGAUUCUCAUCUCGUUUCCCCCGCUAUUCGGACACGAGAUCGUCGCCCUUUUGUGCGGUGUUGUGUAUGGACUAUGGAUUGGUUUUGCGAUUGUGGCUGCAGGAACCUUCAUUGGUGAAAUUGGAACUUGGUUCGCAUUCAAGUACACACUGCGACGCAAGGCUCAGAAGCUGGAGAGGACGAACCUGAACUACGGCGCCCUCGCGCGGUUGACCAGAGAUGGUGGUUUCUGGAUCGUCUUCAUUAUCCGAUUCUCCGUGAUCCCGUCCCACUUCUCGACGGCAGUCUUCUCGACCUGUGACGUCAAGUUCUGGCACUUCGCCGUCUCGACCUUCCUGACGCUCCCGAAGCAGAUCAUUCUCGUCUACCUCGGCGUCCUCCUCGUCGAGAAGAAGCAGAACGGCAACAACACCAUCAAGAACGUCGUCUUCGGGGCGACAUUCGUCCUGACUAUCGCCCUCGCUGUGUACAUCUGGGUCAAGAUGCGCCGGGUCAAGAAGAUGCUCUUGGCGGAGCAGGAACAGAGGAAGAUGCAGCAACAGAUUGAGAUGUUGCCGCAAAAGGUUGAGGUCGAUGCUGUUGAGACGGAGGUGAUUCCGCUGCAGCCUGGCAUGCCAGGAAUGCCUGCGACGAGGAGCGACAGGCCGGGCUACCCACAAUGGAUUUGA